AAAUAAAAACGCGUUUAUCCAUUAUCCAUUAUGAUCCAGUGGAAAUUCUACUUAAUGCUAAUAUUUGUGAUGAGGAGUAAUGGCGGUAAUGAAACAGCGUCAUUAAAUAACACGUGGUUGGAGGUUUCACAUCACCCUGCUUGGAACGAGUUAGACGCGUUCGAUUGUGGAGACAGCGCCGCUGACCGUAUCAUAGGCGGGAUGAAUGCAGCUCUGGGUCAAUUCCCCUGGAUCGCUCGCCUUGGGUAUAAUAUUUCAGAUGAAGAUGAUCUGGACUGGUUGUGUGGCGGAGCGCUGGUCUCCGAUCGACACGUCAUAACAGCAGCACACUGUCUCCAAUCCGCCGAUGAUGGAUAUGAACUAACCUCUGUUCGUUUGGGAGAGCAUGACACGGAAACCGACCCCGACUGCCAAAUGAGCAUAUGUGCGCCAAAAGUCCAAGACAGAAAAGUGAAGACUGUCAAACAGCAUCCACUAUUUAAUAAACCAGCAUUCCACAAUGACAUCGCCAUACUUGAAUUGGCAACUCCGGUGGAAAUAAAUGAUUACGUAGCACCAAUAUGCUUGCUUCGCAGUAAGGAUCAGUUGGUCGAUUUAAAAAUCGGCGAACUUGUAACCGUUGCUGGAUGGGGUACUAUGAACAUGACUACGGAACAAAGGGCCAACAUUUUGCAAGUCGUCAUUUUGCCAAUUGUGAGUCCAGAUAAGUGCAGCAACUUUGGAUCUCAAUUCAAAGUGUCCCAGUCGGAAAUAUGCGCCGGCGCACAGCACAACAAGGAUGCCUGCGGGGGAGACUCCGGAGGUCCGCUUAUGAAGGUAUAUGACACGCCCGACGGCCCGAAACACUUUUUAGUGGGUGUGGUGUCGUUUGGUCCGUCAAUAUGCGGCAUCAAAAAACCCGGAGUGUACACUUCAGUGUCAUUCUUCCUAAAAUGGAUACUUGAUAAUUUAUAUUGAGUGUCUAUUAUGAUUGUAUAGAUUUUUAUUUAGUAUUUCCUUUAUUGUAAUG